CCGCUUCCCAUCAGCGUCCAUCAUCAGAACCAUCCAUUAUGCCUGUUCCAUCCCCUCCCAAUGACCUUUCAUCACCUGUCGGAUCAUUCCUCGGACCAGGCUGAAGGCGAAUGCCCUGAUUGGUCAAGGUCAAAAGGGCCAGAACCACACCCCACCACCGCCCAGAAGCGCUGUCUCUGCCAGCUAACGUCAACGACAUCUCCGACAGCAUUCAUCGGCAGGAAUCCAAAUGAAUGACUGCACCGAGUGAGCUCUCAGAUUAGUUGAUCGCUGAUCUCCUGCCUGUUCCAUGGCGUCUUCUCCUGUCUCUGCUCUCCCCCUCUUGGAUUUCCCAGCUGAAGUGCGCCUGUGCAUUUACCGAUAUCUGGUCCCCAACGUGCCGAUCCGCAAUUUCCCAUUGAUCCGCGGUCGCAGCAAGACCGUCCACCUGCGCUCCGAUAAUCUGCCAUGUUGUCCGGCAAUCCUGCGCACCAAUCACCAGAUUCACGAUGAGCUCAUUCCGGAAUGGUACGGGUCCACGCCCUACGAGGUUGUUAUCGACAACAGAUAUAUCCUCUUCUGCGGCAAGGUGAUCCCGCCCUACGCGCCGCUCCCGUCGACCAUCCGAUGGGUGCAAUCGAUGCAUUUGAAAAUCACGAUUCAGGGUGCUCCCCGCCACAUUCACAGCACGUCCACUCUGGAGCAUCUCUUGGGGUUUCAGGAUCGGGUGGUCGCCUUGGCGCGAUCCCUGUCGCACAAUGAGAUGCGUCAGCUACGCAAAUUACAUAUCGACAUUGCAGUCGAUAUCCCGCUGCUGCUGAGUCUGAGUAAAACCCCGAGUGAGUUGCUGGAUCUCCUGGAUUGGAACUUCAGCCCGUUCCGGGAGAUCGUCACCGACGUCCCCGAAGUAGAAUGGGAAUUGAAUGAGCAGAGUUAUGGCAUUCAAAGCCACGAGUUUCUGCAAUCAUAUGCUGAGCUGAAGGCCAUCAUGCAUGGGGCGGGCAUGGUCACAUUCCUAAAUCUGUUUCUUCUACCUCUAUCCCCGCUCCUGCUCACGCUUGGGUACUCGCUUCCGACCCUCGACAAGCGGGCACCAGGUCCUGUACCGCCUAGCGAAGACCCUUUCUACCAACCUCCAGAUGGAUAUCAAGACGAGCAGCCAGGGACCGUCCUCGCCUCGAGAGAAGUUCCACAUCCGAUAGCAGGCCUUCUAAACCGUCCUGUCAAACUGUCCAGCUCAUACCAACUUCUCUACCGGUCCACCGACAGCUUCGACAAUGCGACCGCGACAAUAACCACAGUCUUGGUCCCGGAAAACGCGGAUCCCACCAAGCUCCUGUCUUACCAAAUGCCCGAGGACUCUUCCUUUGUUGAUUGUGCCCCAUCCUAUGCCUUGCAGAAGGAUGCAGAUAACGACGGUAUUCUCGGCGAUACAUACAACAAAGUCAAUAUCUUGUUUAUCCUUUCGCUGCUUGAGAAAGGUUGGAUUGUAUCGAUUCCCGAUUUCGAGGGGCCACGCGGUGCUUUUCUGGCCAACAAUCGAGCCGGGUACGCGGUGCUUGAUGGGAUCCGGGCCGUUUUAGCUUCAUCCGACCUCUUUGGGGUUUCAUCCGACGUUGAUAUCACAAUGUGGGGGUAUUCAGGCGGUAGUCUAGCGACCGGUUUCGCCGCCGAAUUACAACCCUCCUACGCAUCCGAACUGCAUAUAGCAGGAGCUGCACUGGGUGGCGUGAUCGGCAGCCUAGAAACCACUACAAACACUGUAAACGAGGGCCUUUUUGCGGGAUUAGUUGUCGCGGGAGCCCAUGGCUUCGCUCGAGAAUACCCGGAUGUCGCGGAACUUAUCGAAGACCAACUCACCGACGACCCUGUCCGGAGAAAGAAAUUCCUCGAUGCACGCGACCGGUGUUUGAUCCCUAACAUUCUCGACUUCGCAUCCGAGGAUGUCCUCUCCUACUACAAGAACCACGACAUCCAAAGCAACCCUAUCUUCCAGCGUGUCUAUCAUGAGAAUGAACUCGGCCAUCAUACACCGGGCAUCCCGCUGUUUGUGUACAAGGGCACAUUAGAUGAAGUCAGCCCGGUAAACGAAACAAACGCUCUCGUGGACCAGUACUGCGCAGAAGGCGUGAUUGUGGAAUAUAAAGAAACAGUGACGCACGAGCACGCGCUGCUGGAAGUUGAUGGGUUUGCCGAGGCGACGUUGUGGCUGCAGGAUCGCAUGAAUGGAGUUCCGGCAGAGGAGAAGUGUACGCAUUCGAAGAAGCUGACGCCGUUGACUGAGCCGGGGACGUUGAAUGUUCUCGGGACGACUGUUAUUGCUGAGCUUCAAGAGAUACUGGGACUUUGA